AUGCAGGACGCCUGGACAGCUUGCAAGGCCGAGGAGAUCCAGGGAUACGUGGGUUACAACGAAUGGACGAACUUCUUCUCCGCGACCAAAGCUGUCUACGGUCCGCCAACCAAAGACACUGCUCCUCUCCUCUGCGCCGACGGCAGCAGCCUACUCACUGAGAAGUCGCAAAUUAUACAGCAAUGGCCGGACACUUCCGACACAUCCUCAACCGUCCCUCCUCCAUCCCCGACGCCGCCAUCGCCCGUCUGCCUCAAGCGAAGACCAACGCCGACCUCGACCUCCCGCCCUCUCUCCACGGAACCCCUAGGGCUGUGCAGUCACUCUCUAGCAGUAAAGCGCCUGGAUCAAACGCGAUACCUGUUGAAAUCUACAAGCACCGUAGUCCCCAACUCAUUGAUCAUCUGA